GGGCGGGCUUCCGCAGUCUCGCGCUUUCCUAGCUCGACCGCGCGGCUCCGUUCCCUCCUCCUCGGGUCGCGUGUUUUGGGUACGGAUUCCGGUCGCAGCCAGAGAGCCCCACGAGAUCGGGUGGCCGAAGUUCCUUCGUGAGGACGGCAGGUGACCCCGGAGCCCAAACGGAGAGUGUGCGGCCAGGGAUCGCCAGGGGCACAGGAAUGGCGGGACCUGGCGUGCGGAAUUCAGUGACCUUUGAGGAUGUGGCUGUGAACUUCACCCAGGAGGAGUGGGCUUUGCUGGAUCCUUCCCAGAAGAAUCUCUACAGAGAUGUGAUGCAGGAAGUCCUUAGAAACCUGGCUUCGAUAGGAGACAAAUGGGAGGACCACAAUGUUGAAGAUCAGAACACAUAUCCUGGGAUAAAUCUAAGGCCCAUCAUAUCUCACUCUGCAAACAAACUAUAUGAGAAUGAAGAGUAUGGAGGGAAGCUGCAUGAACGUAAAUGGAUCAGAAAAUCUUUCAUUUCUCUCACAAAAGCUCAAAGACAUACUGGAGAGAUGGCUCAUACAUGGAAACGAUGUAGUAAAGCCUUCAUUAACCUUAAAUUACACAAACAAACUCAUACAGGAAAGAAGCCCUAUCAAUGUAAACAAUGUGGAAAAAGGUUUACUACUUACUCUUGCUUUCAUAUACAUGAACGAACUCAUACUGAAAAGAAGCCCUAUGAAUGUAAACAAUGUGGGAAAGCCUUUUGUAGUUCCUCUUACCUUCAAAUACAUAAACGAACUCAUACUGCAGAGAGGCCCUAUGAAUGUAAAAUAUGCGGAAAAGCCUUUGCUUCAACCAAUCACCUUCACUCACAUGAAGGAACUCAUACCAGAAAGAAGCCCUAUGAAUGUAAACAAUGUGGGAAACCCUACACUAGGUCCGCUUACCUUCAUAAGCAUGAACGAAAUCAUACUGGAAAGAAGUCCUAUGAAUGUAAACAAUGUGGGAAAGUCUUUCCCUGGUCCUCUUACCUUCAAAUACAUGAGCGAACUCAUACUGGAGAGAAGCCCUAUGAAUGUAAACAAUGUGGAAAAGCCUUCACUACGUCGUCUAACCUUCAAAUUCAUAAUCGAAUUCACACUGGAGAGAAGCCCUAUCAAUGUAAGCAGUGUGGCAAAGCCUUCACUCAGUCCAAUCAACUUCACUCACAUGAACAAACCCAUACUGGAAAGAAGCCCUAUGAGUGUAAACAAUGUGGAAAAGCUUUCAGUUGUUCCUCUUACCUUCAAAUACAUAAACGAACUCAUACUGGAGAGAGGCCCUAUGAAUGUAAAAUAUGUGGAAAAGCCUUUGCUUCAUCCAGUCACCUUCACUCACAUGAACGAAGUCAUACAGGAAAGAAGCCCUAUGAGUGUAAACAAUGUGGGAAUGCCUACUCUAGGUCCUCUUACCUUCAUAUACAUGAACGAAUUCAUACUGGAGAGAAGCCCUAUGAAUGUAAACAAUGUGGAAAAGCCUUCACUACGUCGUCUAACCUUCAAAUACAUAAUCGAAUUCACACUGGAGAGAAGCCCUAUCAAUGUAAGCAGUGUGGCAAAGCAUUCGCUCAGUCCAUUCAGCUUCACUCACAUGAACAUACUCAUACUGGAAAGAAGCCCUAUGAGUGUAAACAAUGUGGAAAAGCCUUUUUUAGUUCCUCUUACCUUCAAAUACAUAAACGAACUCAUACUGGAGAGAAGCCCUAUGAAUGUAAGCAGUGUGGAAAAGCCUUCAUUGCUUCCCUUUACCUUCAGGUACAUGAACGAACUCAUACUGGAGAGAAGCCCUAUGAGUGUGAACAAUGUGGAAAAGCCUUUGCUUCUUCCAGUGACCUUCACUCACAUGAACGAACUCAUACAGGAAAAAAACCCUAUGAAUGUAAACAAUGUGGGAAAGCCUUCACUAGGUCCUCUUACCUUCAAAUACAUAAACGAACUCAUACUGGAGAGAAGCCUUAUGAAUGUAAACAAUGUGGAAAAGCCUUUACUACAACAUCUAACCUUCAAAUGCAUAAUCGAAUUCACACUGGAGAGAAGCCCUAUGAAUGUAAGCAGUGUGGCAAAGCCUUCACUCAGUCCAUUCAACUUCACAUACAUGAACAUACUCAUACUGGAAAGAAGCCUUAUGAAUGUAAACAAUGUGGAAAAGCCUUUUGUAGUUCCUCUUACCUUCAUAGACAUAAACGAAUUCAUACUGGAGAGAAGCCCUAUGAAUGUAAGCAGUGUGGGAAAGCCUUCAGUAGGUCCUCUUCCCUUCAGACACAUAAACGAACUCAUGCUAGAGAGAAGCCCAAUGAACAUAAGCAAUGUGGUUAACCUUCACUUACUCCAGUCUCCUUUACUUACAUGAAUAAACUCAUACUGGGAAUAAGCCCUUUCACUACUGCAUCUUACUUUCAAAAACAUAAAUGAACUUAUACUAGAGACAAGCCCUAUGAUUGUAAGCCGUGUGGGAAAGCCUUUGCUAAUUCAUCUAGCCUUCAAAUACAUGAUUGAACUCAUAAUGGAUAUAAGUUUUGUUGUGCUUUGGAUUUAAGGUUUUCACUAAAAGGUUAAAUGUAAAACAAUGCAAGAAGUUUCAGAGGAGAAAUGAUUUUCUCAUGAGAAUCUUAAACCAAUCAAUCCAUUAAUCCCCUGACAGGGAUUCACUGAGUGGUAGGGAGUGGCUGGAGGAGGUGGGAAUUGGCAAGGCUUUGGAGUAUAUAUUUGUAUCUGGCCAGUGAAGACCUCUCAGUCUGUUUCCUGAUCAUCAUGUGAGCUGCUUUCCUUUGUCACACUCUUCCAUCAUGAUGUUCUUCUGCCUUACCUCAAGCCUUUGAGGAAUGGAGACUGCUGUCUGAAUUGACCCCUUAAAUAAACUUUUCCUGCCCUACAAUUGUACUGGUUGAUUCUUUUAAUCAUAGAGUGAAAAAGAUGACUAAAACAAAUUUGUACCAAGAGUGAGGUCGUUGUUGUUAGUAAUCUGAUGAUAUAUUUCAUAAGCAUUUGCAGCAUUUUGGAAUAGGAUGGAGGAAUUUUGAGAUCUUUAGCAGUUCAAGCUGGAAAUUGUAUAGGUUGUUGUAAGGGGAGCUUAAUGGCCGGUAAUGGUUGGAGCUCAAUAAGACUGUGGACAGUGAAGACAGGGCUCAAGUGUGUUUAGAGGAAAAGGAUGACACUACUGGUGACUGGACUAGAGGUCAUUCCUGUAAUGCUCUGGCUAAGAAGUUGUCUGCAUUUUACCCUUGUCAUGAGUCUUUCUGUGAGGCUCGUUUUAAAAGUGAUGGACUUCUUAAUCUGGCAGAAGAAAUUUCUAUGUAGCAUAGCUUUCUGGUUGUGGCAUGGAUAUUGCUGGCAGCUUUUAGCCAAAUCUAUUGUAGUAAGGAGCAGAAAGCAGAACAGAAAGAUUUGGAAAAUGUGGACUUGAACAAAACAGGGACUAAGAAAGUUGCAGUUGUUAAAGACAUUACUGCCACUAAAGAAUGCCCAUAGACAACUAAAGAGUGCCCAUAGACAACAAGAAAGAUGGCCUGAGGGCAUCUCAGGAGCUGGCAAGACCACACCCUUCUCAUGAAGCUCUAGGGAAUAAUAGUGAAAAUUCUUUUGAGACCAGUGGGGCACCCUUCUUGCACAAAGGACCAUAGGAAGUUUCUUCCCCAUGCUCAGCCACCCAGACACUCACAGGCUGCUGCAGCCAGAGGUUUGGCUACUGCUCAAGAUGGUAACAGACUUUGGCAUCAACCAUGUAGUGCUCUCUUGGCACGAAUGCAGGGUGCUUCAGUUAGGGAUUCAGGGAGGCUUCAUGAAGAUUUCAAAUAUCUGGUAGGACAGACAAAGUGCAUCAGGGUCAGAGUCCCUGUGGGCCUCCCCUGAGGAUUCAAAAUAUGGAGAUGUGAGGAAGAAGCUGAAGGUGAAGUGAAGAACCCAGAGAUUAAAAAAUGCCAGUAACAUGGGACAUAGUCAGGAAAGCAGCAGGCAUUGAGCAGAGACAAGCCAACACAAAGUCCACUUGGGCUGCAUUCACCAAGGCCAUAGGGCUAGAGCUACACAAGCUUUUGAAAAGAACAUCACAAUGCCUUGUGCCUCAAAUGCCAGAUGUGGAGCUACAGGACCUGUUUGCCCAGCUGGAUUUUGGUGUCAGUUUGAUCCUAUCCCUUCAUUCUAUGCUCCAAUUUCUAUAUAUUAAAAUGUUUAUUUUGUACUGAAAUCUUCUAAAAGUAAAGCUCAGGGGUUUUUUGUUGUUUUUGUUUUCAGUUGUUACUGUCUUCAAUUGAAUAUUUCACAGUUAUCUGUCCAUUCUGGUGUUUGUUUGUGUUUUUGAGAUAGGGUGUGGCUAAAUUUCCCAGGCUGCAUUAGCAUAUUGCUAAGUGUCUAAGGCUGGCUUUCAACCUGUGAUUCUCAGGCCUUAGCUUCCCAAGGUGCUAGAAUUACAGGUGUGUGCCACCACACCUGGCUUCUGAUUCUGUUUUAAUUAGAUGUUUUAAACCUGUUUCAACAUCUUUGGCAGGCUUCCCCAGGAUCAAAGUUUUAAAUUAAAUUUCUUCAAACUGAAGGUAAAUUUUGGACAUUUCAAAGAACCCCAGAACUUUUCAGAUGUUUAUAUUACAAAAAGGAGAUAUUAAGCUCCUCAGGCUAAUUUGCUAAGUUGCAAUGUAUGGCAACAUUGUCAAAUGACACAGUAAUUCUAAAUUCUUUCAAAGUUAUAUUGGUAUGAAUGUCAAUAGAUUAUGUUAGAGAGUAAAUGGAAUUUAUAGCUGUCCUGAUAUGAUGCCAUCGAUCACGAUUUUGGUCAUCUUAAAUUGCUAUCUGAAAUAACUGAAUUUUUCAAUUAGUAAAAUUUCAUAUGAUUUUAACCAUUUAUUUUCUAAGUCACUGUUAUCUAUCAAUAAACAAUGACUAUUUUGAUUUUUCUCUGAAGAUAUGCAGUUGGAUUAAUGGAAAUAAAUGACUGACAAGUACCCUUCAAUAUAGUUUUCUGAUUAUUUUAAGACCUUGGAGGGAUUAGACCUUCCAUCUGGGACCCUAGUUAGUGCUCAUGAGGAAAUUGCUGGAGGUGGUUUUCAUUCUAAUUGUUAAAUAAAUUUUUAAAAUUUUAUUUCUGAGUUCCUCUGUGACUCACUGUUUAUUCAAUGUCUUUUUUUUGUGUGUGGUUUGGAUCUGGAAUGAAAGUGUGGCCUCAGUGCAACAGGGCUGGGGUUGGGGGUCUUUCACAAUUGCCUGGGUCAUGAGGGCUCUAACUUCAUCAGUAGUUUAAUCCCCUGAUGGCUGAACAGGCCACAGGAAGUGGGAUCUAGUUGAGGGAGUAGGUCACUUCCUGUCUAUCUCUGUUUUCGGACUGACUGGAGCUCAGCAGUGUGCUUUCACUGUGUCUUUCUGCCAUUCUCUUUUUCCUUGGAGCUAGCCAGCUAUGGAAGGAACUUGAUUUGAUUGUGAUCAGAAAAGAUAUAAAUAUGAUUUCAAGAUGUUUGUUAAGACUUGUCUAUGGCUUAAUACAUAUUCUAGAAAAGUUUCAUGUAGUGAUGAAAAGAAGUUGAAUUUUACAGCUGUUGGGUAUAAUAUUUUUGUGAAAGAUGGUUAUAUUUCUUUGUUCCUGUUUUUUGUCUAAGCGAUUUGUUCAUUAAUGAAAAAGUGGGCUGUUAAGUUCCCUGCUAGGACCGUACUGGAUCUUGUAAUUCUGGUAGUUGUUGUUUGAUAGAAUGGUGUGCACAUAGAAAGUCAGGAGCACAGUGUCUUUCUGCUGAAGAGUUCCCUCGCUCUGCAAACUGACCUUCCAUAUCUCUUUACAAUUCUGGUCUCUAAGCCUGUCCAAUUGGAUGGAAGAGAAGCUGUUCCUGCUGCUCUGCUUUCUGUGGUGUGGGUACCUCUCUCCACUUUAGCACUGUCUCUGUAGCAGUUGAAGUGAAUUUCUUGUAGGCAGCAUGUUGUAUCGUGGUUUUUAUCCAUUCUACCAGUCUUUUUUUUUUUUUAAAUCUUUUUUAAAUUGUAGAUGGACACGGUCCCUUUAUUUUACACUCAUUUUCAUGUAGUGCUGAGGAUUGAACACAGUGCCUCACACAUGCUAGACAAGCGCUCCACCACAGAGCCACAGCCCCAGCCCUUUUAUUUUCACAAUUAUUCUUGACAGUUAAGAAGUCUUUCCUUUCAUUUUAUUGUUUUUAAAAUUUUUCUCUGAAUCCCAUUUCUAGUGGGAUGUAUAUUUUCCCAUGCUUUUUAAAUUUUGUUCCUGGGCUUUUAAUUCAGGGUACUUGACCACUGAGCCACAACCCCAACCCUAUUUUUUAUUUUAUUUAUAGAGACAGGAUCUUACUGAGUUGCUUAGUGCCUCACUAAAUUGCCUCACUAAAUUGAACUCCCAAUCCUGCUCCCUUAGCCUCCCAAGCUGCUGGAUUACAGGUGUGUUCCACAACACCCAGUGGGUCUGCAUGCUUUCUUGAUAAUAGUCACCUUUCUUGUACUUCUGUAGGUAUGACUCCCUUAAGUGUCUUUUAUAAGACUGGUGUUGUCAAAAUUUUCUCAAUUGAUAUUGGUCAUGAAAAUCUUUGGCUUUUUUUUUUUCCCAUAAAGAAACAAACUAUAUUUUUGCUGGGUAUAGUAAUCUGUAUUACUAGUUAUUUUCUUCCAAGUCUUUGAAUACUACAUUCCAUUCUCUCUUGGCCUAAUAGAUUUCUACUGUGAAAUCUAUUAGUUUCAUGGGGAUACAGUUAAAUGUGACAUGCCACUUUUCACUUACAGAUUUCAAAAUUCUUUCUUUGGCUGGGCACAGUGGCACAGGCCUGUUAUCCCAGGCUUGGGAGGCUGAGGCAGAAAAAUCACAAUUUUAAAGCCAGUCUCAGCAACCUAGUGAGACCCUAGGCAACUCAGAGAGACCCUUUGUCUAAUUAAAAAAAAAAAAAAUAGGUAUGUGACUCAGUGACUUAGCACCCCUGGGUUCAAUCUCUAGUGGGGAGGAGAAAGUACCCACUUAUUGGUCCCACCACUAAAUUUUUCUUCAUUUUUUUUUUCUUUUGUGGUGUUCAGGAUGAAACCUAGGGCCUUGUGAUCAUUUGCAUGUUUUACCACAGAACUACAGCUUAACUACUUAAUUUUGUCUAAAAAUUAUAUUUAAUACUCAUUCAUAUAUUAUCGGUUUUGGAAGUAGUAUUUAUGACAGUUUUAAUGUCACCUAAUAGAAUAGUAAGUACACCAGUUUAUCCUUUUCACUGAAUCAUUGUUACAUAUUUAAAACUAUUAUGUAUGAAAUCUAUAUGUGCAAAUGCUUAGGAAAAUAUAUGUUAUGUACUAUGUAUAGUUCGUAGUACUCUGAUUCAUUAAAAUGUCAACCAUUGUUAA